UCUGUGACCUGGGUCUAUUUACUGCAUGAAUUCUGUUGGGAGAUGGAGCACAGCAGGUUUCUGGCUGGCCUGAUACUGGCUGCCCUUCUAUCCCAAGUGAGCCCUUGGCAGAAAUUUGUGGAGGAACUUGAAGACAAAGUGAUUUUGAAUUGCAAUAGCAGCAUCACAUGGCUAGGGGGAACGAUGGGGAAACUGUUAGACAAUAAAACUCUGGACUUGGGAAAACGCAUCCUGGACCCACGGGGAUUGUAUGAGUGUGAAGUGACACCUAAAAGUGACAUCAAAAUAUUUACUGUGCAAGUAUAUUAUCGAAUGUGUCAGAACUGUGUGGAGCUGGACUCAACUACUCUGGCAGGCAUUAUUGUCACUGAUGUCAUUGCCACUCUGCUCCUCGCUUUGGGAGUCUACUGCUUUGCUGGACACGAGACAGGAAGGCUCUCUAGAGUUGCUGACAUUCAAGGUCUAUUGAGAAAUGACCAACUCUAUCAGCCCCUCAGAGAUCGGAAUGAUGCUCAGUACAGUCGUCUUGGUGAAAACUGGCCUCGGAACAAGUAAAUCUGAGACUGAUGGCUUAUAGGAGCAUCAGUUAUCGACUGUGCCAUCUCUCCUUCUCAUCCAAUAAAGACGUCUUCUUUCACUCAGCAGGUGCCUGGACUUUUCAACGCUUGGGGCAAGGCAUAGCAAGUACCCUGAUUUGGUAGGGCCUUUGCCUUCCGGCCUGCUUGUGCUCCUCAUUCGUUGCUCCCUUUCUCUGGCUCAUGUGGACAGCAGGAUGGGCAGUCUCUCACCACAUCCUGGCUUACUGGUGUUUCUAACCAUGUGGAUUCCCUGGGUGCAGGAUGUGCCCCACCACACUUCCUUGGCUAAUUAUUGCCUCCAGCCAGGCCCUAUCACAACCCUUUCUGAGUUUUGGGUUCCUCACCACAGCUGAGGGCGGCUGUGGUGUUCAGGGACCCAGCCACAUAGAAGUUUCCAUGACAUCAU